GACUCGGAAUGUACUACUAGCGUAUACUGCUAUCGGGUCCUUGUGUUGAAAUUUGCAGACAUCGGCCGCGCCGCUAGUAAACACUCCUUGAAAAUUAACAUCUCGUCGUCGAAGAAAAAUAAGAGCCAAUGUGCACAUGAUACUGGUGUUGAAGUAAAGAGUCCUUUGAAAUUCGUACAGCGUAUAUUUAGAAAGUCAAAAGGGAGUAAUCCCUCGGUAGUAAAGGAAAUAUCGAAGAGUUGUGGGCAACAGUCUCCGGUGGCGCGCCCGGCUAACAUGAACCACACGCCUGCUCCUGACAGGCAGCAACAUGACCCUAAUGUGAACCAAGUGGAGGAGAUGGAGACACAGGAAGUGGAAACUGUCGACACACCUGCAGAGAAGAUAUGGGUUGAGGACUACACAAAGGGACCCAACGGAGGUGUCGUCAUGAACGAUGUUAUACAGAAUCAAGAGACAUCCUCUGAUAUGCCGCUCGCUUUAGCCGGCCUGGAUGCUGAGAUGGAGGACGACGAGGCGAGAUCAGAGGCGACCUUCCGAUUCGUGGUUCACAACUUCAGAAAUCUAAAGGACUCUGUACUUUCACCACCGUGUUAUGUACGCAACCUGCCAUGGAAGAUAAUGGUGAUGCCUCGGCAAGGGGCUUCCCCGGAUCGCCAGCAGCAGAAGUCUCUGGGAUUCUUCCUUCAGUGUAACGGGGAAAGUGAAUCUUCGAGUUGGUCAUGCUACGCCAUGGCCGAACUAAGGCUCCUGACCCACAAACCUGAUUCCGAACACUUUUUCAGAAAGAUUCAGCAUUUGUUUUAUAGCAAAGAGAACGAUUGGGGUUUCUCCCACUUCAUGUCAUGGAAUGAUGUGUUAGAUCCGGAGAAGGGAUACGUAAAGGACGACGCAAUCACUCUGGAGGUGCAUGUCACCGCUGAAGCUCCGCAUGGUGUGUCCUGGGACUCUAAGAAGCAUACUGGUUAUGUUGGUUUGAAGAACCAAGGAGCCACCUGUUACAUGAACUCUCUACUACAGACGUUGUAUUUCACAAAUCAACUACGAAAGGCUGUGUACAAGAUGCCUACAGAGUCUGAUGAUAGUGCCAAGUCUGUAGCACUGGCACUACAGAGAGUAUUCUACGAGUUACAGUUCUCCGACAAGCCGGUGGGCACCAAGAAACUAACAAAGAGUUUUGGUUGGGAAACACUCGACUCUUUCAUGCAACAUGACGUCCAAGAGUUUUUGAGGGUUCUUUUAGACAAACUAGAAAGUAAGAUGAAGGGAACAUGCGUAGAGGGUACCGUACCGAGAUUGUUUGAGGGCAAAAUGACAUCUUAUAUUAAAUGCAAGAACGUCAACGUCUCGAGUACUCGUGUGGAGACCUUCUAUGAUAUACAACUCAACAUUAAGGGGAAGAAAAACAUUGAUGAAUCUUUCAAAGACUACAUAAGUACAGAGACGCUAGACGGCGAGAACAAGUACGACGCGGGCGAGCACGGCCUGCAGGAGGCGGAGAAGGGCGUGAUAUUCGCGACGUUCCCGCCCAUACUGCAUCUACACCUCAUGCGCUUCCAGUAUGAUCCCAUCACUGACAGCUCCGUCAAGUUCAAUGACCGGUUUGAAUUCUACGAGCACAUCAACUUGGACGCGUAUCUCCAGGAGAAACCUGAGACCCCGGCGGACUACACUCUGCACGCUGUGUUGGUACACUCCGGUGAUAAUCAUGGUGGACACUAUGUUGUGUUCAUCAAUCCGAGAGGAGAUGGCAAGUGGUGCAAGUUCGACGACGACGUGGUGUCGCGGUGCACGAAGCAGGAGGCGAUCGAGUACAACUACGGCGGACACGACGAGGACAUGGCGCUCACCGUGCGACACUGCACCAAUGCGUACAUGUUGGUCUAUAUAAGGGACUCACAACUGAAGACAGUAUUGCAAGAAGUUACUCAUGCAGAUAUACCGACCGAGCUCAGCGAGCGUCUUGCGGAGGAGAAGAGAAUAGAAACUAUCCGUCGCAAAGAACGCAACGAGGCUCACCUAUACAUGAACGUGAACGUUGUCCUCGAAGAGGCGUUCGACGGCCAUCAGGGCAAUGACCUCUAUGAUCCGGAGCGUGCGCAUUACCGCGUGCUGCGCGUGCGCAAGGUCGCCACAGUUGAGGAGUUGAUGGACAUGCUAGCUGAGAACUUCAACUACCCACUGAACCAGAUUCGACCUUGGCCGUUUAGUGCACGGUCUAACUCGACCUGCAGACCAACUUGCUUGGAUAUCGUCAACGAUCAGAGCCGAACCAUAGCGGAUAUAUCUGAAAAUACCAAUCCGUGGAACAUUUUCCUGGAGAUGCUCCCCCCGGACUCCGGUUUCAGUUCCCUGCCACCUUUCGAUAAGGAGAAUGAUGUUGUCCUCUUCUUCAAGUACUACGAUCCCAAGCAGAAGCGUAUACAUUACUGCGGCCACCACUAUUUGCCCAUCGCAAGCAAACCGGCCGAUCUCAUACCGAUCUUAAAUAAACGCGCAGGUUUUCCACCGGACACCCCACUCGUCUUGUACGAAGAAAUAAAACCAGACUUUGUGGAGAAAAUCAACAACUACAACGAUCCACUCGAAAAGGUAUUGGACGAGCUGAUGGACGGCGACAUCAUCGUGUUCGAGCGCGCGGACACGCGGCACGAGGACCUCGAGCUCCCGACCUGCCAGGACUACUUCAAGUACAUAUUCUACAAGGUGGAGGUGCAGUUCAUCGACAAGACGGUGCCCAAUGAUCCCGGAUUCACAAUGGAGCUGUCGCUACAGAUGCGCUACGACCAGAUGGCGCGCGCGGUCGGCCAGCGGCUCAACGUCGACCCCUACUUAAUACAGUUCUUCAAAUGUCAAAAUUACAAAGACACACCUGGUCUGCCUUUGAAAUACUCAUUCGACGGUAUUCUUAAGGACUUGUUAUUGUACUGUAAACCAAAGUGCCCUAAGAAAUUGUUCUAUCAGAUUCUAUCUAUUAAAGUUAACGAAUUAGAUAACAAGAAGCAAUUUAAAUGUUUAUGGGUUGGUCCUAAUUAUAAGGAAGAUAAAGAAUUAAUUUUAUAUCCGAACAAAGGUGGUAAGGUGGCAGAUAUCCUAGAGGAAGCAGCUAAAGUUGUAGAAAUGUCGCCUGAAGGUUCGGGAAGGUUACGGAUCGUGGAGGUGUCGUGUCACAAGGUGCUGCCCGGACCCGAUCCCGAGCUGACGCUGGACCAGGUCACCAUAUCACCGCCCCGGCUCUACCGGAUAGAGGAGAUACCCAGGGAUGAGGUGCAGCUGCAGGAGGACGAAGUGCUGGUGCCGUGCGCUCACUUCCAGAAGCAGGCGUACGCGACGUUCGGCAUACCGUUCUACGCACGCGUCAAACACCACGAGCCGUUCGCCGCACUCAAGGACCGCCUGCAGAAGAAGCUCGAUAUACCUGACAAGGAGUGGGAGAAGUAUAAUUUCGCGAUCGUAACGAACAGCAGAAUCAACUAUAUCAGUGAAGGGGCGAUCAUGAACGCCUUCGACUUUAGACCCAGUAGUAAUACAAAUCUGUCCCUUCCAGACGCAACGGGCCGGCCGUGGCUCGGCCUCGAGCACAUUAACAAGACACCCAAGCGCUCCCGAGUCAAUUACCUCGAGAAGGCCAUCAAGAUAUACAACUGAACACGCAGUGAAGUAUGUUUGACACCACAGGACUAGCGAUACUCGGGCGAAGUUCAGAACGGUAAUGAAGUUAGAUGCGAAUGAAGUCACGUGAUUGACCAAUGUCGUGAAGUUUGUUAGUUGUUGAAUGUGUUUUCUCACUCUUUCGUCGUUUGGAUGAAAGAGAAGGCAUAUUUUGAUGAUUAACAUUAACAACCUUGGUGAAAUUGUAACUAAAUUUGUCGUUUGAAUACAUUUGUCGUCUAACUUUUUUGUCUUUUGUUACUUUGUCUCGAGUCCCAAACAGUUUUUGUAAACGUAUAGAGAAUAUUUUAAUAGGUAUUUUGAACCGGUCGAGUUAUUGUCCUACCUCGUUUUGAUGACAGUUUGGCUCUCAAAUUGUCUGUCUAGGCCGGGCUUAGGCUGGAUUUAUAAGCGGCGGCGUGAACGCGCUUUGGCCGCUACACCGCCAGAUCACAAGAAAAUGUAUGUUACAAUUUAUUUAAAUUAUAAAAUAGUGGCGCGGUCGCGCUGUUAUUUAUAGUCCGCGCGGAACCAGUUGGCCGCGCUUUAGGUAGGGACAGGGGUGAGGGGGCGGGUUGCUUGCUGCUCGCAACGCACAUGAGAUUAGACAGUGACGACCAAUCUCGCGAUAUCGUGAACAAUAAUAUUAUUUAAUUAUUAAAAAUAAUAAAUUAAAGACAAUUAAUCAGUUUUAUAUUCUUAACUAUUGACAUCGCCUUUCCGUUUUUUAAAAAACGCUUUAAAUAUUAUUUCCUUAGAUUGUCUUUUUAUCGGCGGACUCGUCUUGCUAUUGCAAUCUCUUGUGCGUCAAAACGCACAAGAGAUAAGACAAAUCUUAUCUAGCCAGAACUGUCAAAAUCAAGCACCCCCGCCUCUCCGUCCCACCGCUCACAUAACUAAGGCGCGGCCAACUAGUUCCGCGCGGACCAUACACACAUUUGCUCAUGAUGUCGCGGUAUGGCCGCCAAAACGCGCGUUUGGGCGGACGCAUAUACAUCCAGCCAUAUACCUCGAGCGGUGCACUCAGGAGUAAUCGUUUAGGGGGCCUGAACUGG